AAAUCUCAGUACCCAAUUGUCGUCUACUCUUCCAGAAAGUCCCAACUCCUAAACCUAGUUUCCUUUCACUCUCAGCCCAAAAGCCCUUUCCUUUCUCCCGCUUGCUUCCCCGGCCACUCUCUUCCACUCCGUCUAUACGUUUAGAGCCUGCCUGUACUGGACUCUUGGCUGUAAAUCUUCGGUCGUCGGUAUAACCCUAGCUAGGAUCACGCUGGUUGCAUAAGCCAAGAUGUCUCUAAGGGUGCUGAAUCCGAACGCUGAGGUGCUCAACAAGUCGGCGGCGCUUCACAUGAACAUCAAUGCUGCCAAGGGUUUGCAAGACGUUCUCAAGACUAACCUUGGACCUAAGGGCACACUUAAGAUGCUUGUUGGAGGAGCCGGUGAUAUUAAACUCACGAAGGAUGGCAACACUCUGUUGAAAGAAAUGCAAAUUCAAAACCCAACUGCUAUAAUGAUUGCGCGGACUGCAGUUGCACAAGAUGAUGCUAGAGGGGAUGGUACUACAUCAACUGUGCUUUUUAUUGGUGAACUUAUGAAACAAUCUGAGCGUUACAUAGAUGAAGGCAUGCAUCCUCAUGUACUAAAUGAUGGUUUUGAAAUUGCAAAAAGAGCAACACUGCAAUUUCUUGAGAGAUUUAAGACACCUGUAGUGAUGGGCGAUGAGCCAGAUAAAGAGAUAUUGAGAAUGGUGGCUAGAACAACUCUAAGAACCAAGCUGUAUGAAGCACUGGCAGAUCAACUUACAGACAUUGUCACCAAUGCUGUUCUCUGCAUUCGCAAGCCUGAAGAAUCUAUUGAUCUUUUCAUGGUUGAGAUUAUGCAUAUGCGCCACAAGUUUGAUGUGGACACUCGCCUGGUGGAGGGCCUUGUACUUGAUCAUGGUUCUAGACACCCAGACAUGAAGAGGCGAGCAGAGAAUUGUUACAUUUUGACAUGUAAUGUUUCCUUGGAAUAUGAGAAGAGUGAAAUAAAUGCAGGGUUUUUCUACUCAAGUGCGGAACAGAGAGAAGCAAUGGUUGCUGCAGAAAGACGAUCUGUUGAUGAAAGAGUACAAAAGAUAAUUGACCUAAAGAGAAAGGUGUGCUCAGGUAAUGAUAGCAACUUUGUUGUCAUCAAUCAAAAAGGGAUUGAUCCUCCAUCACUGGACCUUCUUGCUCGGGAAGGAAUAAUUGCCCUUCGACGGGCAAAGAGGAGAAAUAUGCAACGGUUGGUCCUAGCUUGUGGUGGAGAGUCAGUUGAUUCUGUUGAUUACCUGACUCCAGACUGCCUUGGCUGGGCUGGACUGGUCUAUGAGCAUGUCCUUGGAGAGGAGAAGUACACCUUUAUUGAAAAUGUGAAAAAUCCUAACUCUUGCACUAUACUUAUUAAAGGACCCAAUGAUCAUACCAUUGCUCAAAUCAAGGAUGCUGUACGUGAUGGACUAAGAGCACUCAAAAAUACCAUUGAAGAUGAAGCUGUUGUAUUGGGUGCUGGUGCAUUUGAAGUGGCUGCUAGACAGUACUUGAUCAACGAAGUGAAGAAAACUGUUCAAGGGCGUGCACAGCUGGGUGUUGAAGCUUUUGCCAAUGCCCUCCUCGUGUUACCCAAGACACUUGCUGAGAACUCUGGCCUUGAUACUCAAGAUGUGAUCAUUGCCCUGACGGGUGAGCAUGACAAGGGAAAUGUUGUGGGACUAUCUCUGCACACAGGAGAGCCUAUAGAUCCACAAAUGGAGGGGAUCUUUGAUAAUUAUUCUGUUAAGCAUCAGAUUAUUAACUCUGGCCCUGCAAUAGCAUCUCAACUACUACUUGUGGAUGAAGCAAUUCGGGCAGGGCGUAACAUGAGAAAACCAACUUAAGCUCUUCUUCCUUACCAUUGUUCACAUGGGCUAGUGGUAUUUUGUUUUGUUUUUUUUUUUUUGCUCGCAUUUUUGAAGGCUAGCUAUGGAUCUUGUGAAAUUUAAGGACCCAAAACAGUUGUGAUAGAUAUUAAUUUGGCUGUGAGUUUUAUUAUUGUAAUGGGGACCCCUUUUAAAUGUGUUUGCACCAUUGAAUUUGUUACUUUGCACUCUAUGGUUUGAUGUUUUAUCCUAAAAAUUAGUUGGUGUCUUAUGUAUGACCAUAAACAUCACACCUUGAA